AUUUCUUAAGAUUAAACCCUUCGUUCAUGUCGGGUCUAUCAAAGAGACACCCGAGACACCCAAAGAGAAAAAAAUGGAUCUUGCAAAUCUCCUCCUCUUGCUUCUUCUCAUGUUUGCUUCCACCAUAAACGCCCAAUUCCCGGCGACCUACUGUGGUUCGACCGGCAACUUCACUGCCAACAGCACCUACCAGAACACCCUCACCUUCCUCCUCUCCACCAUCUCCACCGCCAGCGACCUGUCUCUCUCCUAUGGCUUUUUCAAUAACUCCGCUCCCAUCGUCGGCUCCUCCAAAACCCUCUAUGUCUAUGGCCUCUGCCGUGGUGACUUAACCGCCGGAAACUGUCGCGCCUGCCUCAUUGACUUGGACUCCAACAUGAGCCGCCUCUGCCCCCUACAAAAGGAGGCACUCCUCUACACCCGGAACUGCAUCAUCCGGUACUCGGAUGCCCCGUUCUUCAGUUCAGUCGCAACAGAACCCUCCUACGUGGCAAGAACCUCUGACGAUGUCUCGAGCCCGGACACAUACGGCACAUCGAUGAGGAAGCUCCUGAACGGUCUGCGGGACGAGGCGGCGGGUGGCGGCGUGCUGAGAAAGUACGCAUCGGGGAACGAAUCAGCGGGGCCUGACUUCAUCUACGCGUUGGUGCAGUGCACAUCAGACUUGACGAAGCAGCAAUGCAGCGACUGCCUGGGGCUAGGCGUCCAAGUGAUCAUGGAUUGCUGUGUCAGGUACACAGGAGGACGGUUCAUGGUGCCAAGUUGUCUGAUCCUGUAUGAGACCAAUAAUCGGUUCAUGAACUCAGUCAGUGAGCCACUUGCACCACCGCGGCCACCGUCGCUUCCAUCGCCGGAGGGAGAUGUGCGGCCUCCACCACCAGGAAUAAGCUACAAAGUAGGAAAAAGCAACAAACCUACCGUGAUAACCAUUGCCAUUGCUGUUCCUAUUGGAGGUAUUAUGGUACUUCUCUUUCUCACUGGUCUUUGGCUUCGAAGAAAAGGAAAGAAGACGUAUGAAGUCAUCAAAGCAAUAAACGGCACAAAUGAACUUACCACCAUGGAGUCAUUGCAAUUUGAUUUGGCUACAAUGCAAUCCGCGACAAAUGAUUUCUCUCCUGAAAAGAAAUUGGGUGAAGGUGGAUUUGGUGAAGUUUUCCAGGGUAGACUUCCUAAUGGACAAGAAAUCGCGGUGAAGAGGCUAUCUCGAAGCUCAAGACAGGGUGAUGAAGAAUUCAAGAAUGAAGUUUUAUUAGUUGCCAAGUUUCAACACAGAAAUCUUGUACGAUUGCUUGGAUUUUGCCUGGAAGGAGCUGAAAAGCUAUUGGCCUAUGAGUUUGUGCCAAAUAAAAGCCUUGAUCACUUCUUAUUUGAUCUCGAAAAAAGGAGACAAUUGGAUUGGCCCAUGCGUUAUAAAAUAAUAUCUGGAAUCGCUCGAGGAAUGCUUUAUCUGCAUGAAGAUUCUCGACUUCGGAUCAUCCAUCGUGACCUAAAAUGUAGCAAUAUCUUGUUGGACAAUGAAAUGAACCCAAAGAUUUCGGAUUUUGGCAUGGCAAGGAUUUUUGGAAUCAAUCAAAAUCAAGCUAGCACAAAUAAAAUUGUGGGAACUUUUGGUUACAUGUCUCCGGAAUAUACAAUGCAUGGAGAGUUCUCAGUGAAAUCCGAUGUUUAUAGUUUCGGCAUACUACUUCUAGAGAUCAUUUGUGGCAAGAAGAAUAACUUCUAUCCCCAAUUGGAUGGGGGUGAAUAUCUUGCUACUUAUGUGUGGAAUCAGUGGAGAGACAACAGGCCCUUGGAAGUGUUGGACCCGACUAUAGAGGAUUCAUAUUCAAGAGAUGAAGUACUUCGAUGCCUACACAUGUGCUUACUAUGCAUUCAGGAAGAUCCGGCUAUUAGACCCACUAUGGCAACCGUAGUUCUCAUGCUUAGUAGCAAUUCCAUUAACCUACCAUUGCCUCAACAUCCAGCUUUCUUCAUCCAAAGAAGUUUACAGGGACAGAGAGUCCCAAUGGAAGAGCUUGAAUUGGAGCAAUCCACCAGGAGGACUAUGCCUUUAUCAACCAAUGACAUGUCGAUUACUGAAUUAGACCCUCGGUGAAUGGUGGUGUGACAGAAAUCUUUCUUCGUGGAUGGUCUCGCAAUAAGAAUGCUUGGCCUUCAGCUGAGAUUUUCAUUAACAAAAGCAAAAAUCAAUGUAUUUGGAGAAUAAGCUCUACGGCAAUCAUGUGCUAAAAGAGAGGAUCCCUACAAGCAAUCCAUAAUAGCUAUUGAUUCUUCUAAGGUUUUCUUACUAUUUGAGGCUAAAUCGUACAUAGAUCUAUUGUAAUUAAGCACAUUUGGAAAUUAUUGUUCUUCUAUAAGACUCAUUACCACUACUUCUAUCCGAACAAAUUAAUCAAAUGGAAGUGUU